UUAAAUCGACACCGAUGCAAUUAUGGUUUGGACCGUUCUUUAUUGGCAUAUCUGAACCGGAAGAUGUUCAAAUUAUUUUAACUCACGAAAAUUGCUUGGACAAACCAUAUUUUAACAAUCAUCUACACUGCAAUACAUUGUUAAUGUUGGCCAUCAAUCAAAAGCAUCAAGGCGCCGUAUUGGAGGAGCUACGAUCAGUUUUUGAAGCGGCCAAUUGUGAUGUAACUCUGGCACAUUUGACAAGCAUGCAGUAUUUGGAACGUGUUAUCAAGGAAUCUCAUCGAAUAUUCGCCCAAGUGCCUUUUAUCGGGCGAAAAACCUUCGCUGAGAUACAAUUGGCCAAAGGCUGCGUCCCAAAAGAUACAAUGGUAAUAAUUAAUAUUAUGCAUUUACAUCGAUAUCCAAAAAUUUGGGGUGAAAAUGUUCUCGAAUUCGAUCCGGAUAGAUUUUCAGCGAAAAAUAUUGCCAAACGUCCACCGUUCAGCUACAUACCAUUUUCGGGCGGAAGCAGGAAUUGCAUCGGCAUAAAAUACGUCAUGAUGUCGGCCAAAAUUACAUUGGCUCAUUUGUUGCGACGCUAUAAAUUCACCACAGAUCUUAAAUUUGAGGAUAUUCGAGUGAAAACACACCUUGUGCUUGAAGUGACCAAUGAAAGUGCGCUUCGAAUUAACAAAAGAAAUUUCUAG